AUGCGCUUUGGGCUUCUCUUAGUGUCAACGCGAACCGGCCAGUUGUACCGACGCUGGCCCAAGAAGAUUUUGUACACGACAACUUGGGCAAAACUGGAGACCCGUGCCGAUGGAGGUUGCGUAUGGUGCCGGCUCAUCCUCGACCACGUCGGGCAUCACCGUUACCACGAACGGUUUACCAUCACUGUGCGAGCUGCUUCGAAUACGCAGGACGAAGACUUCGAUGCAUCGAUUGGCCUACCGUUACAACAUAUCAUAGUGAAAUCCAGUGAUGUGUUGCAGGAAGGCACCCCCUAUCUCGUGUACACGGAACCAGAGGACCCCGCAGCAUCUUACAUCAAAACACGAAGCCCCAUUCGGGACGUAGGGUCUCCUCGUGCCCUGGCUCUUGCAAGACAGCACAUCGACGAUUGCGUCCACGGACACGACCUUUGCAAAACCUCGGCAUACAGUAGUCCUCGUCUCCCCACACGCCUAGUAGACUGCACCGAUCACGCUCGACCACUUCUGGUCUCGACGACUGGGGAACACGGUGAAUAUGUCACCCUGAGCUACGUGUGGGGCGGGGAUCAAGUCCACAAGACCACGACCGCGAACUUAUCCUCGUACGAGCAAGGCAUCGCCGCCUCUCUUCUCCCCCCGACCAUC